GUGCAGAUAUGGCCAAGUCCAAGAACCACACCACGCACAACCAGUCACGGAAAUGGCACAGAAAUGGCAUCAAGAAGCCCCGGUCACAAAGAUACGAAUCUCUUAAGGGGGUAGACCCCAAGUUCCUGAGGAACAUGCGCUUUGCCAAGAAGCACAACAAGAAGGGCCUGAAGAAGAUGCAGGCCAACAACGCCAAGGCCAUGAGUGCACGCGCCGAGGCUAUCAAGGCCCUUGUCAAGCCCAAGGAGGUCAAGCCCAAGAUCCCAAAGGGUGGCAGCCGCAAGCUCAAUCGACUUGCCUACAUCGCUCACCCCAAGCUCGGGAAACGUGCUCGUGCCCGCAUUGCCAAGGGUCUCAGGCUCUGCCGGCCAAAGGCCAAGGCCAAGGCUCAAUCCAAGGCCCAGGCUGCAGCUGCAACUCCUGCUCCAGCUCCUGCUGCGGCUCAGGCUCAGGCUCCCAAAGGUGCCCAGGCCCCCACAAAGGCACCAGUGUAGAGCCUUCCAUCUGCCAGUGUGAGGGUAGAAGGACUGGUGUGACCCCUGGGCUUCUAUCUGCAUGGGGCUGGUGUCCUCCUGUGCUAUUUGUACAAAUAAACCUGCGGCAGGAUCUGUCA